AUGAAGCUCUCACUGACUCUUCUUGGAUUAAGUGCCGGGAUUGUCUCUGCUUCUCCACUAGAGAAAUGGUCAUCCAGAUUCCAUGCGUCCCCGCACGCGGUGGACAUGUUCAACGCUGCCAUUGAAUGGAAUGACGAGUACUGGGAUGACGAGGCCGGCUAUCUCAUCAGCGCAGCCAGUAGUCCUGGACGUUAUGAUAGUCGACACACGGCUUGGUAUGCACCUCAAUUACUAGCCAGAAAUGGACCAGGCGAUGUUGAAAAGGCCAUUCGCAUCUUCGACAAUGUCAUCUCCGGUCAAUAUCUCGAUCCGUCGAAGCAGUGGUAUGGAGACUAUCAACAAGCACCUUCGGAGCCUCAGCCAGGGACGAUGAUUUAUCCCGAUGAAGGCUGUUCCUGGAUUGUAGCCUUGAAUGAUUACAGUCACCUGCUUCCACGAGCGACAGUCGACAAGGUGGAAAAGUCCUUGCACAUCGCAGCCAAAGGCGAUCUCUACCGUGUUGGAGGAGUCGAUGGCGACAAUUCAUACCCCUGUUACUCCAAUCCCUGGUUGAUGCGAACCAUUUUCCACAACUGGGUUGGUGCCCGAGUCGGCGAUGCAAACUUGACCCACUCCGGUGAGAUGUUCGCACAGGAAAUCUACGACCUCUGGAGCAUGCACCACACAUUAUCUGAGUUCAAUUCUCCCACCUACGCUGGUGUCGCCAUGUGGGCUCUGGCUCUCUGGAACCAGUACGCGACCAAGGGCAGUUCGUUGAAGAAGUAUGGACCGGAGAUGCUCAAAGCCAGCUGGAAUGAGCUCGCCCAGCUCUAUAACGCAAACCUGAAGAAUCUUGCUGGUCCUUGGGAUCGCUCAUAUGGCUAUGAUAUGAAGGAGUACGCUUCUCUUGUUGGCGCCGUUAUUUGGGGUGUUGUUGGCCGCAAACAUGCCCCUGUCCCUCAGCAGAACCUGGGCAUGUUCCAUCAAGACGAUUUUGCUUUUUACCCUCUGUUUGCCCUGUCGAUGCCUACAAUGGUGAAGACUCUGCCUGCAAAGGCAAAGGCGAGUUUGCUCAAAUUCCAGGGCGAGCACAUUUUUACCUCGCAGGCUUACUCGCCGCCUUUCGAUACUUAUCCUCGCAAUAUCUCUGCUUGGAUGUCCAAGGAUGUGACAAUCGGGGCUGAAACGAUCGCCGAGGAAGUCGUUGGUGGUCCCGCUAAGAACCCCGGUCAAUUUAGUCCUGCUGUCAUCCAGUGGGCUAUUGACGAACAGAAAAUUGGCUGCAUUUCACACUGGGUCACAGAGGCAUCUAUUCAUGCCGUGGCUGCCCCUCGGUCUUUGCACAUCUCAUAUCCAAAUGCGACAUCUGCACACGGUCCGAUUUCUUUCAACUUCUUGUUCAGUGGCCUCACCAUCAACAAUGGGUUCAAUGUAACUGGACUGGAAGGUUUACCUGGUUUAAAUGUCAAGGUUGAGACAAACGCGCAACCGGAUUAUACGAUCACUUAUGUCGGUUCUGGCGGUGUCAACGAAUUUUCUUAUUACAAUGUUACAUAUACGAUGCCUGAGAGUUUCACUGGGGAACCAUUCGUUACCCUCCAGGUAGUUUGA